CGAGCUUCACCGAGUAGCCAACUCGGACUCGUCUCUCGGAUUUUCUCUCUUUCCUGUGGUUUCUCUCUCUCUAGUUUAUUUCCAGGUUUUCAUCACAGGACAUGGCUGCCCUCUCUCUUUCGAAAGCUACGAUUAUCUCUGUCGGAAUCGCAUGCAUUCUUUAUGGAUUCUCGCUCUUCAUGUUCGGGUUUACGCUCUGGGUCCUCCUCCACCACCGAGCCGCAAACGAGAUCAAUCGCGUGAUGGUCUCCGUCGCUUGUAUUCUCUUUCUUCUGAGUACUGCGCACAUCUCUGCCCUCAUGCGACAUGUCAUCGAGGGUCUUCUCGACCACGCAUCUCCUGAGGAAUGGUUCCUCGAUGAGUCUUCGGCUACGUUUAUCUUGAAACUUGUGCUAUACGCGCUGCAGACGAUGACGGGCGACGGAGUCCUUAUAUAUCGCUGUUAUGUCGUAUGGCAAAAUCGGAAAAUGGUGGUCGUAGUUCCGAUCUUGCUCUUCUUAGGCUUUGGUGGCACAUCCUUCACCGGAUUCUGGGCCUACGCCGUCCAUCAUCCUGGACCGCUGGGCCACAUCCUCCUAGUCCUGUCCGCCUGUUUCUCUCUGCUCAAUAAUGUCAUAUGCACAUCAUUACUAGCAUACCGACUCUACAAACUCAACUCCUACCUCCUCCCAGGUCCAGGGCCCAACAGCAUCCGACCCUCCACACGGACACGGCGCUCUCUAAUCCCAAUGAUGUUCGCCAUAAUCGACGCAGGGGUGCUCUACUCCGCGACGCUCCUGACGACGCUCAUCUGCCUGUUUCUGUACACGAAUGUGUUGGCGAUCAUGCUCGAGAUCACCGUCCCACUGAUCGCUAUAACCUUCUACGGCGUCAUCAUCCGCGUCGGGAUGGAGAAGGCUGCCUCGACCGGACGUCCGUUCCUGUCCUCUUCUGAAGACCGCAAUACGGUGGAUACGAUGGAGGAGCAUGGCGUUUUGAGUACGAUCAUGUAUUUGCCUGAGGCUCUGGAGCGGGGUGCGGGUGAGAAGACGGACGAGGGGUCGAUACCGGAGUCCGAGUCGUCCUAGUUUGCGACAUGACGAGGUUCGUGGAUGUGGUUGUGCAUGGAUCGGAUGAGUUCUUGGGGUUGAGACGACUAUGAUAAUUAUUCGGUUGGAGUAAGUAAUCGGAUCCUCCCGCCUACUGUAUGUACUUACUUAUCAUGACGACUGACGACCUGGCGCCCAAACACUAUUAUAUUCUGAUCACUUGGGUUGUACUUAUUGUCGGUAAUGUAACUUAUGUAACGCGUCAUGGGCGUUGAUUCUUGUAUGAGUACUUACUCCGCGUAUUCUCGUCUACUCACUUG